AUGGAGUAGAAAGAUAAUUGUAAAUCUGAUUCGUGUGGAGAUCAUCAUUCACACUAAGAGCAUCAGCCAGGUCCAAUGGACGAUCCUGAGGAGCAAGCUCAUUUCAAAUCAGUUGUUUCAGCUUUCUUCAAUUAUUCAGUUGAUGCAGUUAGAGAUGUUGCAAGAAUGGAAAGAGAUUUUAGCAAGAUCGAUCCAAAGUAUCUUAAAUAUCUACCAGCUGAUUUCAGGAAGAGCAGACUUGAAAAGCUAAAGAAAGCUAUUGUUACAAAUUAGCAAGUUCUCAAUUUGAUAGUCUCAGAUUACUAAUAACUUUUUGAGUAUGACAAACUACCAAAUGGAAUGGUGGCUUUAAAGCCUAUGUUUAUUAAACCAACCGAUAUAAUAAAAAUGAGAUCAACUCUUAAGUCAUUCUUGAGGGAUUGGUCAUCUGAGGGAAAAAGAGAAAGAGAAAUGUGUUACGGCCCAAUCAUAAAGGAAAUUAAUGAAUAUUUCCCAGUUCCAGUAGAUCCCUCAACAGGAGAAAGAAAGAGUGUUCUACAUCCUGGGAGUGGAUUAGGUAGACUAGUGUUUGACUUGGCUCUCCAAGGUUACAAAUCAUAAGGAAAUGAAUUUGCCUAUUUCAUGCUAUUGACCUCUAAUUUCAUUUUGAAUGUUACUUAAUCUAAAGACUAAUACGAGGUUUAUCCAUUUAUACAUCAUUUUAGCAAUUUAAAGACAGAGGAUCAAGCGUUUUUGAAGGUUAAAUUUCCCGAUGUCUGCCCCAAUGAAGCAAUGACAAUUGAUAAGGAAUAUGAUUUUAGUAUGGUUGCUGGUGAAUUUGUUGAAGUCUACUCCAAAUAAGAGGCUUAAUGGGAUUGUGUGGUGACUUGCUUUUUCUUAGACACUGCACACAAUGUGAUAGAAUAUAUUGAAUGCAUUCAUAAGAUAUUAAAGAAGGGUGGAUUAUGGGUGAACAUUGGCCCAUUGCUUUAUCAUUAUGCUGAACAACCAAAUGAAAUCUAAUUAGAACUCUCAUGGGAAGAUAUAGAAAAGAUUAUUCCUUAAUUUGGCUUUGAAUUCAGGAAGAAGUAUUGGACUGACUGUGUUUAUACGAACGACUCUCAAUCUAUGAUGCAGAUGACUUACAAUUGUAUAUUCUUCUCUGCAGUUAAAUAAUGA